CAUAAAUAAUAUAUAUAGUAUGUAUGUUUUUCAAAGCUUCGUAUCUUAGAGAAACUUUGUUCAAAACUCCUGAAUUUCUUUAUGCAAGCUAGUCUAGUUGAGGUCUCUAUGCAGGCAAAGUUUCAGGUCAAAAUUGGAAAGUAUAGAUUUGCUGCCAACGUAGACGUACUCUAAAGAAAAUUCAGUAGGAGUUCGAUACCUCCCCCAAAACAAGCCAGAAACCCGAAAUUUUUUGACCAUAGACACAGUCCACUAUGGACUACAAGAUGCGCGAAACCCCGGAUAAAAAGCGCUCGGACACCUGAGAAUGUUCCCUCGUAAAUAAUCAAGUAAAGCUUUUUCUUUUGAAUUAAUUAAUACGAAAAAAGGUACGUCAUGAAAAAUUUCACCUAUAGAACUGUCUAAACUCUAAUGUCUAAUAUUGUGUAUAUGAAUCAUGAAAAAUAAUUUUUUUCUUUUGUUUUAGUGAUCGGUUUAUUUUAAUAUAUUGUCCAUCACGAUCCAAACGUUUUUGUAAAACAAGUAAAGCUAAAUGGCUUGUUUUAAUUGUUAUAAUAAUUCUUCUAUUAUCUAAUGGACAUAUUCUAUAUGGAUAUGAGAAAAUUUCGUUAAAUAUCAAUGAUUCACAUCAUUUGUAUGAUUGUAAUAUACGUCAUGAUAAUGUAUUUUAUAAAAGUUUCUUCAAUUUUUAUGAUUCAUAUAUUGAAAGUAUAUGUUUUGUUUUAAUUCCAUUUGUUCUCAUGAGUUUAUGUUCAAUACUAAUUAUAUUUCAAAUAACUGGAACACGUAAAGCAAUACGUCAUAAUAGUCGCACUCAAAACACUCGAUUACGUGAAAAAGAUAUUCAAUUAUGUUGUAUGUUAAUUGGUACAUCGUUUGCAUUUCUUUUUCUUUGUUUACCAGCUGAAAUAAAUGAUAUAUUUAAUUAUAUUGGUCAUGAACGUUCGUGUUAUCAUUGGUUUCGAAAAGUUAUUUUAAUGCUUAUGCAACAAAUUUAUUAUGCUGGACAUUUUUAUGUUUAUACAUUAACUAGUCAAUUGUUUCGUAAACAUUUAUAUGCCAUUCUAUUUGCACGUUGUCAUCAGAAAUAUAUUAAUACACGACCAAUUCUAUCUGGAAUUACUGAUCAACGAUCAAGUAUAAGAAUUGAAAAUAACCAAAGAAAAACAAUAACAUUUCAUUCAUCAAUCAGAACAAGUAGUAUGAACAUUAAUGAUAAGUUUUUUUUUAAACGAUCCAUGUAG